CGUGAUCAGAUCAGAUCCAGUCGAGCCGUCAAGGUAACGUUCGUUCAUCAACCCCAAAAGAAAAAAAAAAAAGACUAGGAAAAUUCUUACCAAGGAUCAAACCAAAGAAGUCAAAAGAUCAAGGAAUACGACAUCGUAUGCCACAAAAAGACAAGAAAUAGUUCCCACAAAACACCCAGCCCACCAAAACAAAAACCGCAGCAUCUGAUGAUCUAAGAAAAGAUACCAUCCAUUAUAGCUGAGUUCAUCAUUCUUGCUUACUUUCUGAGUAUCUACUAUUGGAGUAUUUUCACUGCAAUAAAUACCCACACCCCAUGAUUAGUUUUUGAAAUCUCUUGAUCCAUCAUUAUCCCAUCAUUUUCCUUAUGUUGUUCACCUGAACAUUUGACAAAAGAAUUUCUCAAAAAAUCGCAGCUUUUUUUGCUGACCCUUUUCCACUUUCUAGACACGUAAAUUGAAGUUCAGUUUUUUAGCUGUGAUCCUUUUUCACAUUUUCUUGAUUUGUCUCUUUUAGAGUUGUAAAAAGAUUGUUUUUACGAAGACCCUUUAUUCUGUUUUGCUGUAAAGUUCGCAUCUUUGGUGGAAAUCGAGUUACAUUUUGAUGAAAAUGGCGUGCCAGGCGAUGUACAGAUGGAAUUUAAUUGAUUUAGUGGGUGCUUUUGUUGAACUUGUUAUAGCCUAUUGUUUGUUGUGUGCAUCUGCAAUAGCUUAUAUGGCAUCCAAAUUUCUGGGAUUUUUUGGUUUGCGUUUGCCUUGUCCUUCUUGUGGAUUAUAUGGUGCUGAUCCGAAUAGGAUUUUAUGCUUGCAAAAGCUUUUAAUUGAUUAUCCAACUGAGAAAGUUUCUAAUGUUCAGCUUUCUGUGAUGUCUAAGUUCCCUUUCAAUGAUUCAGUGUGGAGAACUGAUCGUAAUUAUGAUAUGAAUCUUAGGUUAAUAGGAGAUAAAGGGGGUGAUCUUAUUGAAAUGGAAGGUGAGGCUUCUAGUAGUUCAUUGUUAUCCGAUUCUGGGAAGCCGAAUAGUAUUGUUAGGAUUAAAGGGGAUUUGAAUGCAGCUAAAGAGAUGCGGGCGGCUUAUGUAUUUGGUGAGAGAGAGGGGAGGUUUGAUUUAAAAGGUAAGGGGAGCAUGCACCAGAGACUUAGGAGUGGGAUUCGCCGUAGGAAGAAAGGGAGUUUUGACUUUGGGAAACAUUCAUCUGUUUCUUCGUAUGAUCGUUCGAUUGGAGAAGUAAAAGAUGGUGAUAGUUGUUCUCCUCCUAGCAUCAACAAGGGAGGGAAUGAUUUGGUUGAGGAUGAUACAGUCCAUCAGCAUUACGAAAGAGAUAAGCAUCCAUUUAAUUUGAGUCCAGAUACAGAAGAGACACCACCGAUCUUAAAAUGGGGGAAAAGAUCUUCCAACAGGUUCGAACUUAGGGAGGCUGCUGAUUGUCAUGACGUGCAAGAUAAAGAAUUCAAAGAUAAUGGACAUUUGGGACUGGAUCUUAGUGGUGAAGAUAAAAGUACUAUAAGACUGUUGGAACAAGCCUUUGAAGAAGAGCAAGCUGCUCGUGCUGCUCUUUACCUUGAGCUUGAGAAGGAAAGAAGUGCUGCUGCGAGUGCUGCUGAUGAGGCCAUGGCCAUGAUUCAACGUCUCCAAGAGGAGAAGGCAUCAGUUGAAAUGGAAGCAAGGCAAUACCAGAGGAUGAUUGAAGAAAAAUCUGCCUAUGAUGCAGAAGAAAUGAAUAUCCUCAAAGAAAUCAUUGUCCGUAGAGAGAGGGAAAAUCAUUUCUUAGAAAAGGAAAUUGAGCAGUAUCGACAGUUGAGUAAUGUUGGAAAUGAACGUUCCUCAACCGAUGAAGCGGAUAUGUUGGGCGACCAGCAAACUCGUUUUGAUUACUUGUUUGAUACAAAUGAUGAUCCAAUGCUGAUGCUACACCAUCUAAGCUCUACUAUUGAUAAGAAGGUUAUGGUUGACACUAAAAGGCUGGAUGAGACUGCGCCCAUGUCCCCUGGGAAAAGUGAACUUGCUUCUGAGAACAAAUUGUUGUCUCAAAAUUCAGUAGCUGCUUCAGCAAUUCAAAAGCAAGGAGAUACUACCGGUAACCUCUUGGAUAAUAGUGUUGAAUCCAGGGAUUUUCAAGAGAAGCUGAUAUCUGUGGACUCGUAUGCUUCCACGGAGUAUUUUCCAAGGUCAGAAUUCUUAUAUCAGUCAUGUACAGCCAGUAGUUCCGAAUAUAAGGAGACCUCAACCACAUUGGGAAAAGUAGAAAAUUAUCAUGAGUAUAUGAAUGUGCCUGCUGAAAUAGCUGAAAGUAGUGCUGAAAUUUCACCCAUUUCACAUGGUAAUGUGUUUCUCAAGCAGCCUGGAAAUGAUUCAUAUCCAGGAACACACAACUCAUACAGUGAUUCAUCUGGAAAAAAAUUUCAUGUUCACGAUGUCCAUGUAGUUGUUGAUCAAGCCAAUUUGUCUAAUCAAGAAAAGGGAACUGAAGUUGAUUUUGUGUCAGGGAGCACUUCAGGAAUUCUUGGAAGCAGUUAUGCCCCAUCUGAAGCUUCUGCUGUGAAGAAGCGAAGCGCUGCUAGUGCUAGCAUUUGUCAGAUUUCUAGCAGUUCAACUGGAGAAGUUAAUCGGACGACUUCAGACAUAUCCAGUAGGCUUCCACCCAUAUGUCCAAAAGGAAAAUCACCUGUUUCUGAUUUCCGCAGGAACUCAUUGUCCGAUAUAGAUAAUGAACGGUUAAAAAUUGGUUAUGAAGUUGGAUGGCUUCAAGAAAGGUUAAAGGCGGUUCAAGAGGGAAGAGAGAAACUAAACAUGUCUAUGGAGCGACAAGAAAAAGAAAAUGUGCAGUUGAAGCUUUUGGAGAAUAUAGCAAAUCAACUUAAAGAGAUUCGUCUGCUCUCAGAACCUAGAUAUGUAGCCCGUCAGUCUUCGUUGCCCCCUCCAUCCUCUAAGGUUAUCUCAAAGAAAAGACGGUCAAGAAGUGUUUCCACUUCCCAACAGACAAGCUCUUGAGGUACUAUGCAAAGGAAGUGGAUUCCAGUUCACGUAUUUGCAGCGUUGAAUUGAAAAUAAUGGGUUAUGCUUGCUGAAGCAUGCUUGUAGCAAAGUCAACCAAGACACCUGAAGAAUUGAGCUGCAAAGCUUGCCCUUUGCAAAUGUAGUCCGUCAUCUGGAGGAGUCUUGCCAAGCCUGACCGAAAUCCUCUGAGGUCAGUCUGGGCUCCAUUUGUUCGCAAGAGCAUAUAGUGGAGAACCUAAGAAUUAACAAACUACAGAAUAUAGUCAUUUGACUGAGGUCAGAUAGCAGUUUCGCUUUCCUGUAUAUAUGACUUUUUAUUUUGUGUAUUCCAGUAGUUGAUUUUUGUUGAAUAAUGCGAAAGGAAAAAGGUGUAUGUUUUUCCCAAGCUUCUUUCUGAUGUACAUCUGGUAUAGAUGGCUUAAACAAAUUAGAGAGAUUUGAGGGAUUUAAUGCUCAUAUGUUAAUCUUUGGUCGUGUCGAGGAUUAUCUCACAAACAAUGUCUGUUGCGUUGAUUUUUUCUUGGUAGGUAGUGGUACAGUCAACAUCUUGGUUUAGAUUAUCUUCUUCACAAUUGAUAAAAAGACCUUGGGGCUUUUACAUAUUGUUGGUUUAUGUUUUCAUGUAGUUUUGAUGUUGGUUCUUUUAUGUUCUAAUAAAUAAAAGUUAAUUGUUGUAUUGUUCAAUUUG